AAUUAUUAUAGUUUGUAUUUAUUUUAGCGAAAAAGAUUGAUAUCGAAGUAUUAAAAGAAUUGACGGUUACUGACAUCGACAAUCUCAUUCCAUUAGAGAAAUUUGGAGUGAGAAUAAAAUUUAGGCAACAGUUAUUUGCUUGGAAACGAGAUAAUGGAUAUGUUACACCGCUUGCAAGUACUGUUUCUGUGAGUGCAGAUCCAUCAUUUAAUGCAAUUGAAAAUUGGUUAAAUACAGUUCCUGUUGUUUUAGAUGAGGUAACAGGGUCCGAAAAUUGUGUUAAAUUGGACCUACUAAGCCUAAUGAAAAGUUCAGUUACUGGAAAAGUAACUAUCCAUAAUUAUAAUACGCAUAAAACAUUAUCUGUGAAUGAUAGAAAUACUGUCUCAACUUUAAUCGCUGAGUUUUGGUUAAACAACAAUAUUAAAGUGUCUCAUAAGGAAUAUGAAACUGCAGCUAACCAAAUAAAAAUCAAUUUUCCUUCUGAAGAUGAGAAAACAUACUUAAAUAGUAAAAAACAACGGGGAAAAUUAGCUGAAAAGUACUAUAGUCUUUGCAAAAAAUAUCGUCAACAAGGACUUAUAAAAAGUAGAUACAAUUUGAAACGAAAGGCAGUAGACGACAUAAGUUCGUCAACCAGUGAAUAUAAUGAUGACUUGGAAGGAGGGGAAAGUUUUGGAGAUUACGAAUGGUUACGGUACAAUACAGCACCCCCUAAUUUAGUAUAUGAAAAGUGGGGUAGGACCUUCAGGCAACGUAAGAAAGAUAUUGCUGGAGAUGUUAACAUUUUUGAGAGAUGGCCCAUAUUAAAGCAAGAAAUUGCUGUUUCUUUGAUUGAACUGGACUUUAAUAAAAUUUAUCCUGACAAAAACACAUUGCUCUUUGCAAAAUGGGAUCAAUUUGCUAUUAAAAUUAAACCUAUAUACUUACGAGAUAUUAAAGACAAAAGAUGCAAAUUAUUAUUAGAUUAUUUAGAAUCUCCGACAGUUAAUGAAGAUUCUAAACAUUACAUACUGUGCAUAAAUUUAAAUGCUUUAUUUAUUCCUCAUAUAAUAAAAAAGGGGAAAGAAAAACCAUAUAGACCAUCUAUUUUGGAUGCUCAAAAUUCUUUUGCAGUUCACGUUACGGAUAAAACGUAUGUACAAACUUACAUAGAAAAACGAAAAACGGAAUUAGAAUCGCAAAACAGGACAUUCCAACCCACCAUCAUUGUGGUAGGUGACUCUAUUCAUAAUUUGGUAUCUUUUUAUGUAUAUAUUAAUGAUGUCUUAUAUGAAUGCAGUUCAUUUUUAAAAGCUGUUUCAACUACAUUUCAGAUAUAUCAUGUUUUUAACCUAAAGUAUCCGUCUGAAUGUAUGCAAGUGUGGCAGUUUUUUGAAAAUUAUUUUUAUGAAUUGCCCAAUUUAACUAAAAUUAGUACAGCGCUAAAUGCAGUUAUAUCUGAAAUGAUUCGUUGAUCUGUCCUUCUUUUGUCAAAUCAUUGUUCUUAAAAUGAAAUGUUUUUUAUGCAAUAAUACAUUUCAAAAUGCAAGCGUGUAUAUGAACCAUUUAAAAUUAGUACAUAAGUGUAAAAACACUUUAUCAACAUUUUCAUGUACAGAUUGCCCACAAUCCUUUCAGUCUUUAUACUCAUUUAAACGUCAUAUUAACCACCAUUUAAACGCCCUUAAAAGUUGUGUCCAAGAUCAUAAAGUAGAUAAACCAGAUAGACCAUUACAACAAGAAAUAAGCAUUGUACCCACCGAAAAUGUAAACAAUAUUUUAAAUGAAUCAUGUGCAGGUUCUCUCAUAGAUCAUAGCGCAGAUAUACCUCAGCCAAUGUUAAAUUGUGCUGAUUUGGAAAAUGAUUAUUAUGAAAUCAUGAACCAAAUUAAUGGUUUUAUUAUUAAUCUUUUUGGCACCAUCUCCUUAAAUAGAAAAACUGUUAUACAAAUAGUACAGUUUAUUCAAAAUUUAAUUCUACUUCCUUUAAUGGAUUAUAUAAAACAAAAAACAA